GUAAAUUGAUAAUAUUUAACCUAUAUACGCAUAUAAAUACUUAAUUCAUUAGUAUGUAAACAAGCAAAGGACGAAAUAUUUGUAGUUUCAUGCUGAUUUCGUCCAAGUUCUUUAGGAAUGGUUAAGUUCGGGACUUUAUUUAUACUUGAAGAAAAAAAGUUAAUCAAAAUUUGUGGUGUUAUGAUCCUAUGCUGAAUUUCUCAAAAUGAUAUAUAGAAUGUUAAUACAUAUAUGUAUGAGUUUUGCAUAUUUGCUGAUAUCAUGACAAAGUCGAAUGUAAAACGAACUGCACCCUUAAUUUAUGGGCAGAACACAUUUCCUGAGGUGCGCUACUGUUGCUUUAGUGUGGGACGUAUUUUCAAUGUUUUGGGAUGCAAUGCCACAACUCAGUAAAUAGCUGCAUAUAUGAUAUGAAUUGAAAUGUCGAACAAGCAAUUUAUGGUCUAAACAUUUCGAAACUGGAGAAUUCUAUAAAACCAAAUAAAAAUGACGAAGCUUAAGAAAUGUGAUAUACUUAUUGCUUUCUUAAUUACUUUUAAGAUUGCAGUGGCAAAUCUUCAAAGAACAACUGACUCAAUCACUGACCAACGAAAUUAUAAUCUACCCUCAAUAAAUACCUUCAAUAAGCUUUCAAGGAUUGAAGAAAAUAGUACUUUUAAUAGUCCUCAACAAGUGUUCCCUAAACCAAGACGAGCUUUUCACAGCGAAGUCGAUGAGGAAAACGCGGAAUUUCCAGUAGAUUCACAUAUUUCAUUUCAUGACAAUGAUAAUCCAUCACACGUUACAGAACCCGUACAUCGUAAAGAAAUGGCUGAAUCUACAAAUGAUGUGAAAAAUGAAUUUAAUGUAAAUGAAGAAAUAAAUAUUACAAAUAACAACGGUGAAUUAUCAAAUGUUGAAUAUGAAGAGCGAUCAUCUGGUCCUAUAUUAGACAAAAUUAAUACCGCUGAGUCUGGUACUGCAUUGCCAAUAUUUUUAACAGAACCCGAGGACAUAUAUGUUAUUAAGAACAGACCAGGGGUGCUUAAAUGUAAAGCAGCCCAUGCACUUCAGUUAAACUUUAAGUGCAGUGGUAGUUCUCAGCCUCCUCCAUCUACACAUGAUAAACACGUUGAUCCUCACACAGGUGUUCAUGUUGAAGAAGUAACUGCAACUAUACACCGCGAUUUGAUUGACGAAUAUUUUGGAAAAGGUCCUUUCAAAUGUGAAUGUCAUGCAUGGUCCUCACGGGGUGUUGCUAAAAGUCAAUCAGCAACAAUAAGCAUAGCAUAUAUAAGAAAACAUUUUGUUUCCUCGCCAACAUCACUGAAAAUUGAACUGGGUUCCAAAGCGGAAUUGCACUGCGAGCCUCCGGGAGGAUUUCCAGAGCCAAAAAUAACAUGGUUCAAAAACAAUGCGCCGAUUGUAAAUACUAAUGAUCACGAAACAGUUAUAUCUACUGAUGCCACGACAAUAACUUUUGACGUAGUAUCUUUGCAGGACAUGGCGAACUAUACAUGUCAUGCUGAGAAUGUGGCCGGGAAAAGAAUUUCGGAUUCAGCUGUUUUAAUAGUCUACGUAAAUGGUGGUUGGAGUUCAUGGAGCCCUUGGAGAGAAUGCAAGUGUUUAGGAAAAUUAAGUCAAGGUCGAAAAAGAGUUCGUUUUUGUAAUAAUCCCAUUCCUAUGAAUGGUGGUUCGUUAUGCUCUGGAGCACAAGUUCAAAAGUCUGCGGACUGUGUAUCUUGUCAAGAAGACACACAAAUUGUAACCUCUGACGGAUAUGAUGCAUUAUCGAGUAAGAAAUUAGGCAGAUGGACACCGUGGAGUGAUUGGAGUUCAUGUUCUCCUGACUGUAUACAAAUACGGCGGCGAAAGUGCAUUUAUCCUGCCUCUGAAGAUUUAAGUGUUGAAUCACACGAAGGUUCUGUUCACAAUAAUGGCGUUAUAGGUCUAGGGUUCGUAAAGGUUCAGUGCCCAGGUAAAGAUAUACAAACAGCGGAAUGUCGCGGAGAGCACUGUUUAAUUGGAAAUGAUGGUUUCGACUGGACACUUUACCUUGGCUUAGCUUUUGUGAUAACUGUAUGUGUAGCAUUUGGUGCUGCUCUAAUUUACUGUGCUCGUCGGAAUUUGGCAAUAAAUUCUCACUAUAAUAUGACUAGAACAAAUAUUAACUCAGAUUAUAUGCAAGGAAUAAAUAAGAAGGGAAUCAAUAUUGAGACGGCAAAUGUCAAUUACGAUUAUCCCAGUUCCGAUCACAGAUUUAUGUCUAAUGAUCAUAUAAUCAAUUGUGAAGCUUCCGAACAUCACUAUGACGUACCAAAUUUAUCUGCCAAUUAUACCAACCCAAUAGAUGAAAUAAGUGCGGAGUACGUCACAGAUACACCAGAAACAUCCACAGCGGAUACAUCGAAUUCCACAUACGACAUAAAAGGUAAUUUUACCUUGCCGUUGUCAUCUAAAAAUGCAGUAACCGAAUUAAUAAAUAAUUCUGGAGGCAGCUUAAGCCUUUAUAGAGGAGAAAUGAUGUUACAUGUCCCAGAGUUUGCUAUUGGUAAAAAUCAGAAAAAACAUAUGUCUUUGAUUGUAUUGAGUGACGAAAGUGCCCGAAUAUCAAUUCCUUGUGCUGAAUCGUUAUUCGUUUGCAGCACAAUUGUAUAUUGUUCUCCUAGAAAUUAUAGUUUCCAGAAACCAGUUAUAAUCAAAUUGCCGCAUUGUUUAAUUGAACCUCGACACUGGAAUGUGCAUAUAUACCAAGCAGAUAACGAUCAUUACGAUAUUAACUCGAAUUGGAGAAAAAUAGUUUCCGUUGGAAAAGAAACUAUAAACACACCGGUUUUUGUCAAUGUGGAGGAAAAGCAUUUAUAUAUAAUGACAGAACAAUUAGGACGUUUUGCAGUAGUUGCUGAACCAAGCAAUCUCACCGAUUACCUGCCUGCUAUUGAAAUGCGACUUAUUGCGUUCAGUCAAUUAACGCCGAGCAGCUCGAACUGUAGUCUUCGAAUAUAUGUUGUAAAAGACUUUCCCAAUAGUAAGGACAUUUGCAAGACAAUUGAGACAAAGUUGGGUGGUACUAUUAUGGGCGAAAGUGAGACUUUUGCUUUUCACUUAAAUGCCUGCGAUUUAGUAAUUCGUGUCCAUAACACGGAGUCAAGUUCGUGGGACCUCAAGGAACAAACUAAUUACGAACAAAUUAUUCCAUAUAAUCAUAUUCUCAACAACAAUUCAAUUUUGCAUUGUGAGUUUACCAUAAAAAGAUCUCUGAAUUCACAAUUAGUUUUUGAUGUGGACUUUGAGCAGAGUGGUUUAGAAAACAUGGAAUCACAGAUUCACUCGUUCAUUAUUUCAAGUGAACAUUUUUCACAAAGUGACGUUCGGUCUCAAACAUUUGAAAAUCGGCAACAUCAAGCAAUUGUUUCCAUCGAUCGUGAUAGUAGCUUCAUAAAUGAGACGAAUACUUUGAGUAGCGUUUAUUUACCACACACUUGUAAGCGGCUGAUCUGCGAUGCUUUGGACCCACCUCGCCAAGAUGAAAAAGAUUGGCGUUUGUUGGCUAAAAAACUUGGCACAGAUCAUUACAUUGCGUAUUUCGCUACAAAAUCAUCGCCAACCGAGCAAAUUCUCAAUCUAUGGGAAUGUCGAGCAAAACAUUCCUCGCGUACAAUUGUUGAAUUAUUAAUAGUGUUCAGUGAAAUGGACAGAGAGGAUAUAAAACAAAUUAUUACAGAUACUAACGGCCCUCUUUGGGUGUGAAAAAAUAUUUGCACAACUGUUAUUACUGAUAAGUUGAAAUGCCUUUAUUUGAAAAAUUAAGAUAUUAAAAUAAUAUAUAUUAUAAAAUAAGUAAGAGCAUUUAUAAGUAAAUGUGUAUCUAAAUAUCGAAACAUAAUCUCUUAAAUAAAAGGGGAAUUCCCAAAAUA